AUGCGAUGGCCGCCAUGGACUUCCAACGCGCAAGCCACCAACAAUGACCACCCCACCACCACAGACAACAAAACCGACCCCAAGAACCUCCUCGACUGGAGCGCCUACACCGAACUCCGCACCCUCAUCCCAACACUAGUCCUCACAACCGGCAUCCUCAGCGCCUUCACCCUGCACCGGACCUACCUCCGUCGAUUCCCCACAGCCGUCAACAUCACGCCCGCAUAUUACCGUCGGCGGAGUAUCCUGGGAAAAGUAACCAGCGUGGGCGAUGGCGACAACUUCCGCAUCUAUCAUACACCUGGUGGUAGACUCGCAGGUUGGGGUUGGGUACCCUGGAAGAAGGUUCCCACGACGCGGAAGGAAUUGAGGGAUCAGACUAUCCACGUCCGCCUAGCCGGCGUCGACGCCCCCGAACAAGCGCAUUUCGGACGCCCCGCGCAACCCUUCGGUAAAGAAGCCCACGAGUGGUUAACGGGGUACUUGACAGGCCGGCGCGUGCGGAUCUAUGUGCACCGACAGGACCAGUAUCAGCGGGUGGUGGCGACGGUGUUUGUGCGACGGGCGCUGGAUUUCCCGAUUCCGUUUCGGAGGCGCGAUGUCGGAUAUGAGAUGUUGAGGAAGGGGUUGGCGACGGUGUAUGAGGCGAAGGUUGGGGCGGAGUUUGGGGGUGAGGUGAUGGAGAAGAAGUAUCGCAGUGCGGAGUGGUGGGCGAAGGCGAGGGGGUUGGGGCUGUGGAAGGGGUUUAAGAAGGAUAGGGAUACGUGGGAGAGUCCGAGGGAGUUUAAGACUAGGACGGGGAUGGAGGAUGGGGGGCAGGGGAAGAAGUAG